CUGCUGGCCUCAUCACCUUGCCAAAGUCGUGACAAUUGGACAUAUUUUUUAAAAGCAAAAUCAGGAUAUUUGGAGAGCCAUAUUUCCCUCGAUCAUCUUUCCAUAAUGUCUAGACCCAUACCAAGGAUAGAGUAUGAAGAUUACAAUGAAUCACCAACUGAAAAGCUGAAAAGGAAAGCUAUUGCUGAUCCAUAUGUUCCUGUUGGUAUCCUUGGUUUAUGUGGAGCCUUAGCAUGGGGUGCCUACUCGUACAAGAGCCGUGGCAACACAUCAACUUCCAUCUUCCUAAUGAGGCUUCGAGUGGUAGCCCAGACUUGUGUCGUUGGAGCAAUGGCUGUAGGAGCAGGAGUCACAAUGAUGAAGAGCUUUUCCUCAGAAAAGAAAUCAUAAAUCCUACCAGAGACAGUAUGAUACGUAUUAAUGCCAAAUUGAGGAAUAGGAAAAGGAGAUACAGCUUCAUUUGUGUCACCUUGUAAUUC